AUGUUCUUUGCAGGGGUCUCUUUGUUUGCAGCCAUUGGAUUUCUUCUCUAUGGUGGAAGACUAUUCUUAAUGCUACAACGCUUUCCUGUUGAAUCCAAAGGACGACGUAAGAAACUGCAAGAGGUUGGCUAUAUGUGCUUUAAUGCAUUUGAUAAAGAUGCGGACCUUGAUGUCUUGGAUCAUCCUAUUCUAAACUUCAUAUAUUACCUGUUGGUGGAAAUAUUGCCUUCUUCUUUGGUCCUUUUUAUUUUGAGGAAGCUUCCACCUAAGCGUGGACAGUAUGGUUAG